UCAGACGUUAUAAGUGAAAUACAAAAUUAAAAAAAUAAAAUUGAGGUGGAAGAAAUUAUUGGACCGGUGCGACUAAUUAUGAAUGGGAUUUUUUGCUCAUGCGUGGUUUUAUGAUUUGUUUUUAUAUUUUACAAUCUUGGUAUUAUGAUAGAAGAGAUUGUGAAAAAUGACUUGAUUUGUUGGAUUGGAAAACAACGGAUUAUUGACAUUGCACGGGUCCAGCAGAACAAUACAACCAACCUGCAACAGAGACCCCCUGGGAGCGGCCGACACUGAGGCCCGGGAUGCCCCUCCCUGAGGGCACCAUGGAAUACCUAAUGGGGCUGUGUCAGGACCUCUAUAACGUCACGUGCUCCGACACUCAGAUCCGUCACCUCAUUCGGGCACUCCAUGCUUUCAAGUACAACACGAGCGGCGGGUCGCCUCCCUUUGACAUAUGGCGGUUCUUGGAGGUGUAUAUGUACCCCCGGCGGGACAGCCUCGCCGUGGUUAUCCCGGUCACCAUUAUUUAUGGCAUUCUGUUUGUGACCGGCAUCCUUGGGAACAUUUGCACGUGCUUCGUCAUCGCCCGGAACAAGUUCAUGCACACCGCCACGAAUUACUACCUGUUUAACCUGGCCGUGGCGGACCUCCUCCUGCUGGUGAUCGGACUUCCGCCGGAUCUAUACUCCGUCUGGUCACUGUACCCCUGGGUGUUCGGAGAGACGCUCUGUGUGAUGCGCGCCUUCGUCUGUGAGAUCUCCACCAACACUUCCAUUCUGACGAUCACGGCUUUUACCGUGGAGCGAUACGUCGCCAUUUGUUUCCCAAUGAAGGCGCAGAAGAUGUCCAGUCUCCCGCGCGCGGCGCGCGUGAUCGCCUGCGUGUGGAUUGUGGCCGUAUGCACCGCUAUUCCAAUCGCCGACCAGUACGGUGUGGUCAAAAUCAAGGACCCCAAGAACCGCACGAUCGAGGAGUCCGCCAUGUGCGCGUUCAAGCACGCGCCAAUCACGGGAUGGUUCCUGGCCUCCACGUGUUUCUUCUUUAUCCUGCCCAUGAUAUUCAUCAGCGUACUGUACAGUCUAAUUGCCGUCGCUAUACAUCGAUCCACCAUAGAAGCUCCCAAAAUCCACAGGUCCUCCUCCGAUACCUCCAAGGCUUCAAAAGAACACGGGGCGUGUAUCCGUGACGGCCGACGACGGAGUGACGGCAACAUCCAGGCUAGGGCCCGGCGCUCCGUCCUCAAAAUGCUCGUUGCCGUGGUGGUAGCUUUCUUCGUCUGCUGGGCGCCAUUUCACGCCGAGAGAAUGAUGACAGUCUCUAUCAGUGCGUGGACGGAACCUCUCCUCCGCAUCUACCGAACUCUGUUCUAUGUGUCAGGGAUUUUCUACUUCAUCAACUGUACGGUCAAUCCGGUGCUUUACAGUGUCAUGUCCUUUAAAUUCAGAAAAGGUUUGCGCGAGACGAUUCUGAAAUCUAAAUGUUGUUGCAGACCUAUAAAGAUCAGAAAAAGGCUUCCUUUCUCUAAACUCUUGCAUGCUAACAGCCACACUGAGACGGCGUACACCUCAAUGCCGCCUCGUUUUACAAACACUGCAGGGCGAAAGUUACAGGAAACGGAGCUUAUUCCUCAAAACGAGGCUCAGACCUCCAGAAGUCACAGUCCCGCCCCCUCGAUAAGCGGAAGCAGUUUAAAAUCAACCGACGGAAUGAGUCAAGAAGAAGAUCUACAACAGGUGCUUCUACAGAUUAACGUCAUAGAGAGGCAGCGGAGAAAUGACGUCACACAGAGUUCAGCAGGGAAGACGCGAGAGGUCGAAGGACUAAUGGAGAUCAAAUUCUGACAAGCUUUUUUUUUUUAUUGUUUUACAUGCACAGUGUCUGUUUCAGUUUAUUUUAUAAAUUUUAUCUUGCCGUUGCUUGUUAAUGAAAUUUGUCGUUUGUUGUUAAAUUGAGUUUCAUUUGCAUGCUCACAGAGAAAAUAUUUUUCUUCUAAGGGAACAAGGAAGGUUUUUGGUUUGAUUAAUUUAUAGUUACAACUAGGUGCAAAAAUCGCAAAUUUUAAAUGGAAAAGCUUCCCGAUUGCUGUAAAAUCGAUUUUAUUUUUACAUUGUUUUCAUUUUAUUCUUUAGCAAGUAAUUAAACGUUCAAUUUGACUUUACGGACACAAAAAACGUGGCCAAGUGUUCAAAAAGAGAAAACUGUAGAAUUAUGGUGCUUGACACCAUCAGUGUAAAACUGAAUUAUCUUCCAAACCAA